AUGCAGUACACUCCUUUCGCUUCAGAUAUAGAGUUGCCUUUCUAUACCGCUCUGGCAUCUUUGAAGAUUAACCAUGAUCGCCUCGAUGAUUCGGCUCGGAAGGUCCAGGGUCUUUACGAAAUUCGCCCUUCAGAUCUUCCUAAUGUCUCCUCCCGCAUGCAGAUCCAUGGGAAUGCGCUCUCAAGUGACGAGGUCCCAACAGGUUACUAUAGGGCUGAAGGGUUAAUCAAAAACGUCAAUACCAUCGAGGAAUACCGAAACACAGACAAGACGCACAUACUUCAACAAGCUGGAAAGACUAUAUGGGAUGCUAUCAAUGACGGCUCUGUUUAUUCCUGCCCAUCACUGCUCUCCUCGUUCAUUAUUCUCUCUUUUGCGGAUCUCAAGAAGUACAAGUUUCAUUACUGGUUUGCGUUUCCUGCAAUACAUUCGGAACCUGCUUGGGUACCUUCGGACACAUCCGAUGAUUCUGUCGGUUUAAUCCAGAAUGAGGGAAACGCCAAGCCACUAACUAUGAGAAACCUCACUUCCAUUGAGAGUUCGGUGCUUGUGGAUGCAGUCCAAUCCUGGGGUCGUGAUAUAGACGCUUGCCAAAGAGGCUUCUUCCUAGCCCGAAAGAUUCGGAAGAGUGCUAGCGAAGCAGAUCUACCUGCUAAUUCGGUAAACAUUCUCGAGUUUGAUUGGGAGAUAGGGCCUCUUUCGAGCUAUGAGAACGGUUUCUUCAGCAAAGUAAGAUCCGAAGACUCUUACGUCUGCUUUGCAGAUCCUUCCAAUUAUGAUAGUGCACCUGGGUGGAUGCUAAGGAACCUCCUGGUGCUCGUGAAACAACGCUGGGGUCUUGAUCAAGUCCAGAUUCUUAGAUAUCGUGAUUCACAUCUGAAUCCCGAUCAAGGCCGCAGCACUAUAUUGGUAUUGAGAUCGAAGCAUUCGGCGUCACCCAAAAACAUUGAGUCACAGCGUUCAUAUUCCUCCAUGCCAAAGGUCACUGGCUGGGAACGCAAUGCUGUUGGCAAGUUGACAGGAAAGGUAGUUGACCUAACAGAAUAUCUGGAUCCAAAGAGAUUGGCGGAUCAGUCUGUUGACCUCAACCUGAAACUUAUGAAAUGGCGGAUCAGCCCUAAUUUGGACCUCGAGAAGAUAAAACGCACCAAAUGCCUUCUGCUUGGUGCAGGUACUCUUGGAAGUUACGUUGCCCGGAAUUUAAUGGGCUGGGGUGUCACUAAAAUCACCUUUGUGGAUAGUGGAUCUGUAUCCUUCUCGAAUCCUGUGAGACAGCCACUUUUCAAUUUCAAAGACUGUUUGGAAGGAGGCGCGAAAAAGGCGCAUCGUGCCUCACAAGCUCUAUCGGAAAUCUACCCUGGAGUCGACUCUACUGGGCAUGUUCUAGCCGUUCCGAUGGUAGGUCAUCCAAUCAUGGAUAACGAAAAGGCUCGGGCGGAAUUCGAAACUUUGAAAAGUCUAAUAAACGAGCAUGAUGCCAUAUUCCUUCUUAUGGACACACGAGAAUCUCGCUGGUUACCAACCGUGAUGGGGAAGGCUGCGGGAAAAAUUGUGAUGAAUGCAGCACUUGGCUUCGAUUCAUUCGUAGUCAUGCGCCACGGAGCAGCCAAUUAUGCUGACCCAACAUCAGAACUUGGUUGCUAUUUUUGCAAUGACGUUGUUGCGCCAAUGAAUUCCGUCAAGGAUCAGACGCUCGACCAGCAAUGCACUGUCACCCGCCCUGGUGUAGCCGCGAUAGCAUCAGCUCUUUUGGUUGAAUUGCUUGUGUCACUUCUUCAACACCCGCAAGGCUCUGCGGCACCAGCUUCAACAUCUAGUAAGGAUGAUCGAGGAGACCACCCGCUUGGGCUUGUACCACACCAGAUCAGAGGAUUCCUUUCAACUUUCGAGAACAUCUCAAUCGUAGGUAGAAGCUACAAAUGCUGCAGUGCCUGCUCUGGUAAUAUAGUCAAUGCCUAUAAGGAAGAGGGAUGGGAAUUUGUCCAAAGGGCUCUGAAUGAGACUGGGUAUGUGGAGGAAUUGAGCGGCCUGAGAGAGGUUCAAUUGACAGCGGAAGCAGCUGUAGAUAAUGUCGAGUGGGAUGAAGGUUCUGAGAACGAAGAAGCAGAGAUACUAUAG